GUGGCGGCCUGUGUGCCGCAGCGGGUUCCGGGGGAGGGCCUUCCCUGGCUGGGAGGGCGGAGUGUGCUCCCGGGAGCCCGGCUGCUGCGGCGAGGCAGUGAGCGGCCGUCUGGCGUGUCCGAGCACUCAGACUUUGGUAUUUGGCUCUUUCGAGACCAGGUCUCGCUGUGUAACUCAGGUUAGCCUAGAAGAAAGAAGAUUAUAAAUGUCAGAGCCAUUUAACCGAUGGUUUAGCUGUUGAAUUCUAUCACUUCCUUCUUGUGCCAAGCUCUUCACUGGGAAAAAUUCAGAAAAAGCAGAUAGAAGUGUAUAUCCAUAUUGGCUAUGGCUAUACCAAUAACAGUGCUUGACUGUGAUCUCUUGCUGUAUGGCAGAGGUCACCGGACCUUGGACCGUUUUAAACUGGAUGAUGUGACUGAUGAAUAUUUGAUGUCCAUGUAUGGAUUUCCCCGACAAUUCAUUUACUACUUAGUGGAACUCUUGGGGGCAAGUCUUUCUCGACCUACUCAGCGAUCUAGGGCUAUAAGCCCAGAGACACAGAUCCUGGCGGCAUUGGGCUUUUAUACCUCAGGUUCCUUCCAGACUCGGAUGGGAGAUGCAAUUGGAAUUAGUCAAGCCUCUAUGAGCCGAUGUGUUGCCAAUGUCACUGAAGCCCUUGUGGAAAGGGCCUCACAGUUUAUUCACUUUCCAGCUGACGAAGCUGCAGUACAGUCUCUAAAGGAUGAAUUCUAUGGGUUGGCAGGGAUGCCGGGGGUGAUAGGGGUGCUUGACUGUAUCCACGUGGCCAUCAAGGCCCCAAAUGCUGAAGACCUCUCUUACGUGAACCGCAAGGGUCUGCACUCUUUGAACUGCCUGGUGGUGUGUGACAUCAGAGGGGCACUAAUGACCGUGGAGACAAGCUGGCCAGGCAGCCUCCAGGACUGUACCGUGCUACAGCAGUCGUCUCUAAGCAGUCAGUUUGAAACUGGGAUGUACAGAGAGAGCUGGCUGCUGGGUGACAGUGCCUUCUUUCUCCGAACCUGGCUCAUGACUCCACUUCAUAUUCCUGAAACUCCAACAGAGUAUCGCUAUAAUAGGGCCCAUUCUGCAACUCACAGUGUGAUUGAGAAGACUUUGCGAACGCUGUGCUGUAGGUUCCGGUGCCUGGACGGAUCGAAGGGAGCACUGCAGUACUCACCAGAGAAAUCCAGCCACAUCAUCUUGGCUUGUUGUGUCCUUCACAACAUUUCCCUGGAACACGGGAUGGACAUUUGGUCCUCUCCAGUCACUGGACCCAUUGAACAGUCACCUGAGGGCGAGCAUGAGCAAAUGGAGUCCCUGGAUUUAGAGGCUGACCGAAUCCGGCAGGAGCUGAUGCUCACUCAUUUUAGUUAGUGUGGAAGGUAGAGGAAAGAGGGAGACUUUCCUCCUUACCACUCAUCACCAAGUUCUGUCAUCCAGUGUGACUGAAUGUGCAUACUUGUCAUAAAUUAACAUUUAAUGUUUUAGAAGGACGGGGGUGGGGGGG